UUGUGAAUGCCCACUUCACCACCUCUCUCACCCUUUCUCUCUCUAGAAAUAUGGGUUUUGUGCCAGUCAAAGCUCUUGUCCUCAUACAGCUCUCAUCAGUGCUUCUACUGAGCGCUGUGUAUGGUGAUGUGGUUGAUUUGGUGAGCCGGGCACAGCCACCACACCACCAUGCUCCAACCUACCCACCAACUGAAUCACCCAAAUACCACAAGACCCACCCACCCAGUCCCAGUCCUCACCCUCACCACCACCACAACACCCACCUUCCUCCACCGGUUCACCCUCCGAGUCACCCAUACCGUCACCCACCCACUUAUCUCCCAAAGAGGUGUCUUGUUGCUGUUCAAGGGGUUGUUUUUUGCAAGCCCUGCAAGUACACUGGGGUUGAUACCCUUUUGGAAGCUACCCCACUUCUUGGUGCCAUUGUGAAACUAGAAUGCAACAACACAAAGUACCCAAUAACCCAGGAAGGGAAGACGGACAAGAAUGGUUACUUCUUCAUAGAGGGACCAAAGAAGAUCACCAACUAUGGUGCUCACAAGUGCAAGGUCUUCUUAGUCUCUUCUCCACAGGCUCAAUGCAGCAACCCAUCUAACCUCCAUGAUGGUAAAGUUGGUGCCACCUUGAAGAGGUCUGAGAAGAAGCCAUCUAACCCUUCACUUCCCUAUGAGCUCUUCAGUGUUGGGCCUUUUGCCUUUGAACCUGCCACCAAAUGCCAUUGAUCUCUUUAAGAUUAGACUCUGCAAAAACAUUACAUUCAGUCUUUGUUUGUGCUUGUAAUGAGUGAGUGAGUGUGUUUCACGAAAACUUAUUAUUAGUAUGGUUUUAUGGUUCAUAAUUAUGAUGGGUACUCUCUUAUUGUGGUUAGCUAGCUUGGACUUUGUUAGUUUGUAGCUUUGGUGACAAUAAGUAGUGUAGUGUAUGGUAUUGAUGGAUUAAAAAAUAAAUAAUGAGGCAUAUGAUGUUUAGGAGC